GCCACCAGCAUCACCGGCUGCCGACUUCCCCGAGGACUGACCCGGAGAGCCGAGAUGCUGCCGCGGGAGCGACCGCGCCACGCCGCCACGGCUGCGCUCUUCUACCUCAUGGGCUCGAGCGCGGUGCUGGCCUUCAACCUGGACACCUUGCAGGUCAUCCGCAGGUCCGGAGAGGCGGGGAGUCUGUUCGGGUUCUCUCUCGCCAUGCACCGGCAACUCAACCCGGAUAGACGACUGCUGCUGAUCGGUGCGCCAAGAGCGCCGGCGCUAGCCAGGCAGGCGUCGGGCGUCACUGGAGGACUUUAUAAAUGUGACAUCAGCCAGAUGAGCGACUGUGAACGCGUUGACUUCGAUAACAACGAGGACAAAAGCUUUGAAAACAAGGAGAACCAGUGGAUGGGGGUGACGGUGCAGAGCCAGGGUCCCGGCGGGAAAGUGGUGACGUGUGCUCACCGCUAUCAGAAGCGCCACUUCGCCAACACGCCUCAGGAGUCGCGCGACAUCACCGGCCGAUGCUACGUGCUGAGUCAGGACUUGACCAUUGACGCGCUGUCGGAUGAGGACGGCGGCAACUGGAACUUCUGCGAGGGCAGGGCCCGAGGACACGAGAUGUUCGGGUCGUGUCAGCAGGGUCUGGCCGCCACCUUCACAAAGGACUACCAUUAUUUGGUGUUUGGAGCUCCAGGCGCUUACAACUGGAAAGGAGUUGUCCGAGUGGAGCAGAAGAACAAUACACUCCUGGAGAUGGGCAUCUAUGAUGAUGGUCCGUACGAGGUUGGAGACCUGUUGAACCCUGAGCUGGUGCCGGUUCCUGCCAACAGCUACCUGGGCUUCUCUCUGGAUUCCGGACACAGUAUCACCCGGGGGCGGGGUCUGACCGUGGUGGCCGGGGCGCCGCGAGCCAAUCACAGAGGAGCCGUGCUGCUGCUGAGGAAGGAGAACUCGGACUCCACCAGACUGUUGGUGGAACACACGCUGCACGGACCGGGACUGGCCUCUUCAUUCGGAUACGACGUCACCGUGGUGGACUUGAACGGUGACGGGUGGCAGGACAUCGUCGUCGGAGCUCCUCAGUUCUACAUGAAGCAUAAGGAUGUUGAAGGGGCUGUUUACGUUUACAUCAACCAAGCGGGGCGAUGGAACCGGGUCUCUCCCGUUCGCCUGGACGGAACCAAAGGCUCGAUGUUCGGACUAGCGGUGGAGAACAUCGGAGACAUGAACCAAGACUCUUACGCAGACCUGGCGGUUGGAGCUCCCUCAGAUGAUGGCGGCGCAGGAAGAGUCUACAUUUAUCACGGCUCUGCCAAAGAAUUCAAGACGAUCCCAGCGCAGGUUAUUUCAGGGAAAGAUCACGACAUAAAGCUGUUUGGUUACUCCAUCGCUGGAAACUUGGACUUGGACGGUAACUCCUACCCAGACCUGGCUGUCGGCUCUUUGUCGGACACCGUUGUCAUCUACAGAGCGCGGCCAGUCAUUAGCAUCCGACGUGUUGUCAAAGUCUCGCCGAAGGAAAUUGACCUGACUGUCCACAACUGCGGCGACAGCAACUGUCUGGCAGUGGACGCCUGCUUCAGCUACACAGGAAACCCAGCCUCUUACAACCCAAGAAUAACCAUUAGCUACUCAGUGGAGGCAGACGGGGGGCGCAGGAAACUGGGGCUCCCCUCCAGGGUGAUGUUCUUGAACAAAUCUCUGAGUGACACCGACUUCCUGUUUAACGGCACCUUAGAGCUGCGCGGGCAGCGCCAGGAGACGUGCAUCAAAGUGAAAGCCAAGCUAAAGAGCAAUAUUAAGGACAUGCUGCGCAGCAUUCCGAUACACGUGUCCGCUGAGAUCGCUGGCAUUAAGCGCCACAAGACAAAGAAUGUACUUCCUUCUCUGAUGCCAAUUUUGGACCCGACUCAGCUGAGCAAAGAAAGCACUGAGGUGAACUUUGUGAAGGAGGGGUGUGGCAGCGACCAUGUUUGCCACAGCAACCUGAGGAUGAGCUACAAGCUGCUGUACAAGCUGAGCAAGCAGGACGUGUACUCUCCUCUGCCGCUCGAAAACAAUGUGCCAGUGUUCCAUCUGAACUACGAGAGGAAGGACCUGGCUCUGCAGCUGACGGUCAACAACAUGAACGCCGACGACGCUUACGAGGCCAAACUGGUGGGGUCAUUUCCUGAGACCCUGUCCUACUCCGGAGUCCGCUCGCAUCACUCGGCGGCGGAGAAGCUGGUCAUCUGUUCCGUCAACCAGAACGGUUCUCAGGCCGAGUGUGAGCUGGGGAACCCGUUCAAAGGAGACUCGGAGGUGACCUUCUUCAUCAUCCUGAGCACGGACGGGUUGAACGUGGACGCCACUGAGAUCGACCUCAGCUUGCAGCUGCAAACAACCAGCGUCCAGGCGCAGAUGGCGGAGGUGACGGUGAAAGCUAAAGUGGUUGUGGAGCUGCCGCUGUCAGUCAUCGGGGAAGUGAACCCGAACCGUGUGUCCUUCGGUGGCGUCGUGAAAGGGGAGAGCGCCAUGAAGACGGAAGAGGAGAUCGGCAGUCUGGUUAAUUACACGUUCACAAUUAACAACUUGUGGAAGACUCUGACGCCGUCGGUGAAAGCGUCGCUCCACAUCCACUGGCCCAAGUGGAACAAGGACGGGAAGUGGUUCCUGUACCUGCUGAAGAUCACCACCAACGGAGGCAAAGAACUCCCCUGCUCUCCUGACUGGGAGGUCAACCCGCUCAGACACAUCCAGCUCUCCUCGACUUCCAAAACAAAGCGAGAGGCGGCAGAAGUGAAACACGUCGGGAGACAGUCGGACAAAAACAAGCUUUUCAAAUGCGGGAAGGAGAUGAAGUGUGUGGUGCUGAAGUGCCCCCUGCAGGCGGUGGACGGAACUACAAUCGAGCUGAGAUCUCGUCUGUGGAACUCCACCUUCAUCGAGGACUACGCCUCUCUGUCCUUCUUGGACGUGAUGGUCAAAGCUUCUCUGGUGCUCCACACCUCUAAAAACAUGAUCCUCGCCACUCCGGACUCCAACGUGAGGCUGACGGUGUUCCCGGAGAGCACGGUGGCUCAGUACGGAGGGGUUCCCUGGUGGAUCAUCCUGGUGGCUGUGCUGGCUGGCAUCUUCAUUCUGGGGCUGCUGGUGUUCCUGCUGUGGAAGUGUGGAUUCUUCAAGCGCUCCAAGCAGGAGGACAAGGUCCCUCAGUACCACGCCGUGAGGAUCCGGAGGGAGACGCCUCCGUACGAAGAUGGGAGAAUGAAGUCGGACCCCAGCGAGAAGAAGCCCUGGAUGACUUGGGUCGACAGCGAGAGCUACUCCUGAUCUGGUGCCGCACUCCGGCCUUAACUUGCUGGGUGUUCUUUCCAAGUCUUUUUUUACACUGAACUGAACUGUUUUUUGUAAAUAGUUGUACACUGUAUAUUUAUUUUUUGAUAUACUUGAGUGUAACGGAGCCAAAGCUUUGUUUGACUUGAUGUCUGAGCUACUGACGGGAGAGGCGGAGCUUCUGAACAGGAGGAUCGCAGUCAUUCCCUGGAGCCGAUCCCAGCUACCUGGGGCGAGAGGCAGGGGUCACCCUGGACAGGCCGCAUCGACAAUCACUGGAGGAAACAAACACAAGACCACUCUGCAAAAGGACUCGAGUUCUCUCUAAACUCGAGAGUUCAACUAGCAACUUUUUUACUGUAGCCAGUGUGGCCCCCCCUGCUGGACACGAAUGGUUUUAGAUCAUCACUGACGAAACUGUGGAAUAACUGUUUGAUAUACGUUUGUAUAAUUGUGUACAUAAUCAGCUGUUUUGUCGCUUUUGA